CUUCCUCUUGGGCAUUCUGCAUCGCUCCCGAAGUCACCAGCUUCGUCUCGUAUCUUUGUUUUCGUAUUUCUCACUAUAUAAACAUAAGUUAUAUAGUGCCUUUAUUUCCUCACUUGAUAGCCCUCGUAACGAAUCACGCCUUUGCGUCAACAGCCGCCACAAUGGUUGAGAAGCUCUACGUUACCUACAAUGAUGUCCACAAGCUGUGCCAGCAGGCCGCUCCCAAGAUCCUCGAGGACUUCAAGCCGCAGCUCAUGAUCGCCAUCGGCGGCGGCGGCUACGUGCCUGCGCGAAUCCUGCGCUCGUUCCUCAAGCAGCCCGGAUCGCCCAACAUCCCCAUCCAGGCCAUCGGCCUCUCGCUGUACGAGUCGCUCGGCAGCAGCGAGGUCGAGGAGAUUGGCACAAAGGUCACCCGCACCCAGUGGCUCGAUCUCUCUGCCCUGGGCGAGAUGGGAAACCUCGUCGGCAAGCGCGUCCUGAUCGUGGACGAGGUCGACGACACCCGGACGACGCUCGAGUAUGCCGUCAAGGAGCUGGAGAAGGAUGUCGAGGAGGCCCGCCAGAAGAUCGGACCUGAUGCCCCCAAGGCUGAGUUUAGCAUCUUUGUUCUUCACAACAAGGACAAGCCCAAGAAGGGUCAGCUGCCCGACGAGAUGGUCAACAGCCGCUACAUUGCCGCUGUCACCUGCGGCGAUGCCUGGAUCAACUAUCCCUGGGAGGCCAUCGACAUUGACGAGCACGAUGGACAUGCCCAGAAGGCAUAGUGUAUUUUGUGUUAUUUAAGCUGGCGAAGAAGUAAAAUAUAGAUGUUUUUUAAAAAAAAAAAAAUAGUGAAAGAUACCAAAAUUAUACCAUUGCU